GCUUGCUUUGUCUUAUUUCAUCUCGUCCGUCUCUGUAAAUGGUGAAUGAAAGUUGCCCAAUGAGGGCUGACGGAAGACAGCUGAUCAUUUCUCCAUCAGCUCCAGUUCUGGAAGUCGGAUCCACACUGCAAUUAACCUGUAUCUCUCCCUGUGAGACCACACCCGAAUGGGAAUUUUCCACAGACAUCGCACCAGGGAAAACCCAGAGACAUGACUCAAUGUCCAUACUAACAAUAGCCAGAGUAACCGAAGCACAUAGGGGUCGUUAUACUUGCACCGUCGAAUGUCCCAAAUAUUUAAGCAAGCGAGUUAAUCUCAAAGUUUAUUCUUUUCCAGAGAGACCCAAACUGGAAUUAGAGCCAAAAGAUGUUACGCUGGUCAGACCGCCCACCUCACGUGUUCGGGGUACAAUAUAUACCCGUGCGAUAAUGCAAAAGUCCUUUGGUAUCAAGAUGAUGACCUCCGCAAGUUAUUGGAUCCUCAGAUUGUGUAUGAAGACGAUAGAUGCAACAUGACAUCUAAAUGGUCCGUCCUGGUCAACAGCUCGGAUGAAAGAAUCUCCUUUACUUGUGUUAUUCAGCUUGAAGAUCAGAUCUUUGCAAGGAACACAACGCUGGAAAUCCACCUUAAAACUGGUCUUCACGAGCUUCAGCUGGAACCUACAACCGUUAGAGCACAAACUGGAGAUGAACUGAUUCUCAACUGCAGUGCACAGGGAAGCCCCCAACCUGUUAUAGAGUGGAAGAAGGACUCCCAAGACCACAAAAUUCCUCCGUACUGGACCAUCACCCAUGAGGUCGGACGCUCGGAGCUUCGAAUAAGCCACCUGAGCCCUGCGGAUGAAGGAGUUUAUUACUGUAUCAUCACAAGUGGCAACAGCAGAGCUGAACUCAACACCUCAGUGGAUGUUCACUACGGCCCCCGGUACACACGGAUCAAGGGUCCCGAGCACGUCCAGGAGAACGAGCCUGUGACAAUCGUCUGCAGCGGGGAGGCCAGCCCUGAGGCCAAUGUUACCUGGCGGAAGCUGGACCCCAGCACUGCGCAAGGCUGGACUGUCUCCAGGGCCAACAGCAGCUCCAUACUCACCAUCCAGUCCUUCAGGCCUGAGGACCAGGGUGUUUACGAGUGUCUUUUGCAAAGUGGGAUCCAUCAGGUGCGGCUGAAUGUCUCCAUCGCUCUGUCGGUGAUGGUUAAAAACAAAACCUUGGCCACCUGGAUCACACCCACACUGACCGUGAUGUGUGUUGUAUUUUUUAUUGCUACCUUUUUUAUCUUGUUUCGCAAACGGCUUUCCUGCAACAGCAGCAAGUUUACUGACCCACCAGCAGCCGAGAAUCAUACAAAUACAUAGGCUGAUAAGGCACAGAAAUCAACCCUUCAGCCCACUACACGCCACUCCUCCACCGUUCCUAUUCCCCUCUCCUAUACCCUUGUAUUCCCUUCUCCUUCUCGUGCGC